AAACAGUCAGCCAGCGUUACGGCCUCGUUUUACCCCGGCAAGUUUAAUAUCGGAUAGGCCGUCGAAUCGCCGAGUGGCAUAUCGUAAUAGCAGUUGCAACAUCAGCACCGGCCAAAAGCCGUAGCUAGUACAAUAGAUAGCGACAUUAUCUGUUAGCGUUAACCUUUCUGUGAAUCCUACUAGCCACAACAACCUGACUACAGCACGCCUACGUCCCUAAGUAGUAGAGGACGGGACUGUCCGUUCGGAGAGCGGCGGAGAAGCGAAAGGGCGAUAAGUGUCUACGUCGCCUUCUCGUGGCGCCGAAAAUCAGCUGAUUCGUCCCAGUCAAACGCGGAAUCCGACGACAAUGACUUGUCUUGUCACAAUGAAAUUGGACGCUUCGACUGCAGAUUAGGGGGAAAGUCACUCUACUCCGGCCGAUCAAGCACAGUCAGUAACAAAAAAGAUCCGCUAAAGAACGGGCUUAUCGAAGUAUACCUGGCAGAACAUUUAUUUUCACCACAGGACUUAUUCUUACAACCACGAUGACGGAAAGUUUAUACGAUGAAUCGCUCUUGUCUAAGUUCGAGUUCAAUCCACCCGAGGGACUGAGAAUCCGACCACUUAGCAAAGACGACUUCCAUAAAGGAUACCUGGAGUUGCUGUCCCAGCUUACAGUCGUUGGGCAAGUGUCUGAGGAGAAAUUCAACGAACGAUUCGAUGCAAUGAAAGCCUGCAAGAAUCAUUAUUUUGUUACUGUGAUAGAGGAUAUCACAGCAAAGAAAAUCAUUGCAUCCUCUACACUUUCCGUUGAACUUAAAUUCAUCAGAUGUUGCGCCCUGAGAGGUCGUUUGGAGGAUGUGGUUGUCAACCAAGCCUACCGUGGAAAGAAUCUCGGAAAACUCAUCGUACAAGUCAUUCUUCACCUCGCGCGUCGAGUUGGCUGCUAUAAGCUUUCACUUGAUUGCAAAGAUAACCUCAUCCCGUUCUAUGAGGCACUGGGUUUUGAGUGCGAGCCAGGAAACGCAAAUAUGAUGGUCAUCAGGCUGUAGACGUUAUACGAACUAAACGUUACAGAAAACACAUGUGUUCAGUAUCGUAAAUGCUUGGAGAAGGUAUUUUCUGCAAACAAAAAAGAGCGCAAUCCUGUAUAUAAAAUUUUGUAAAAUAGGCAUCGUUUAACGGACGGACUAGAAAUUCAUAUAUAAAGACAUGUGCUAACAAUGUGUCAAAUAUAUUUUUAGUCAUUCUUUUUCCACCUUAAACUAGAUUAAAGGAGCUAAUUUAAAAAGAAAUUUUUGUACUUUUGACAACAGUAUUCUAUGUGUGACGAUGUAUCAUGACAAAGAGCGCACUGCACUCAGAUAUGCAUCAAUUGGGUUGACAGUUUUUAAGAAAUCAAUAAAAUGUCAUAACGUUUGUACUAGCAAGGUCUUAAUUCGAAACGAGGAGAUCACAGUAAUCCAGUUUGAUAUAGUCAAAUGU